UUCGGAUCUAGACGUCUUAAGAGAUUAAACACAAUGCAACCCACCUGCCUCGUUAUCGUGCUGGCAAUCGCAGCCUCAGCGUUUGCCUGGCCCCAAGCUGAAGUGCCCGUGCCCCAGGAUGGCACCAUCUUGUUAAGUUUGCCCGCUGGACAGCCACCUCAGGAGGAACCGGUUGCCGCAGCAGCACCAGCGCAGGAAGCUGCUCCAGUGCAGGAAAUCGCAGUUGAAGCUGAUCAGGCCGCUCAAGAACAGCCCAUUCAAGUGCCGAACGAGGCUCCGGCUGUUUAUCCUGCUGAGUUGGCACUGAUUAACGAUCAGGACAGCACUGCUGAGCAGGCCGUGCGUCAGAAACGUCAGUUCGGAUUCGGUGGAAUCGGUGUUGGUGUGGGUCUGAUCGGAGGAGGCUAUGGUGGAUAUCCGGGCUACGGCUACGGAAAUGGAUACGGAGGAUAUGGUGGUUAUGGAGGAUAUGGUGGAUAUGGAGGAUAUGGAGGUUACGGAGGGUAUGGCGGAUAUGGUGGAUAUGGAUAUGGCCACCGUCGGCACCACCAUCACCAUCAUGGAUGGUAUUAGAGAUUCCGAAAGGAAUGAGAUUGUGAUAUUUGGUUAGCAAUAAAACUCAGACGAUGCGUGAAAUAUA